GUCGGCCAUCUUGAGUUCAGCUGGGAGAAGCUGAAAGACAGGAAAGGUUGAAAGGAUUGGAAAUAAGAUCCUUUGCACAUUCAGAACGAGCGUAAAAGGGAUCGCGCCGAAGGUAUAGCUGCAAAAUAGGAAGAACUGUGCCGAUUUGUGAAAAUCUAUUGUAUAUUUCAAGUGUUAUCUUUAACUAAAAGUUCGUCAUGUAAGUCACUGUAAUGUUUCAUCCGUCGACUGUCAGACGUACAUGCCUUAUUCAAUUUGGAGGUUGUAGAGGCAUAAAGGGAAUUAAAGUUGCUGGUGGAUCUACCAUGAGAUAGCAUCAAAUACGCUGUAAAAUCUACCAUCGCACAUCGCAUCAAAAUGACAGCUAUAGAUCGCAUCAAGAAGCUGGAGACACUGUAUUUGGGAGGAGUAGGGAACAGUGAUAUGCUGGCUCUCAGUAUGGAAACACUUUUGGACGUCCUCGUAGUGUUGUAUGAUGAAUGCUGUGGCUCUACUUUGAGGAGGGAGAAGAGUGUAUCUGAAUUUGUGGAAUUUGCCAAACCAGUAGUAGCCAGGAUAAAACAGCUACGACUGCAACGGGAUGAUUUUGAAAUACUCAAAGUUAUAGGAAGAGGUGCAUUUGGAGAGGUAGCUGUGGUCAAACUGAAGAACACAGACACUGUGUAUGCUAUGAAGAUCCUCAACAAAUGGGAAAUGUUAAAAAGGGCAGAGACUGCCUGCUUCAAAGAGGAGCGAGAUGUUUUGGUAAAGGGGGAUAGACGGUGGAUUACAAACCUCCACUAUGCCUUUCAGGACGAUGACUACUUGUAUCUGGUUAUGGACUACUACUGUGGAGGAGAUCUCUUAACUUUGCUGAGCAAGUUUGAAGACAGACUCCCUGAAGAUAUGGCCAAAUUCUACAUAGCAGAAAUGGUUUUAGCGAUAGACUCUUUACAUCGGCUUCGUUAUGUCCACAGAGACAUCAAACCGGACAAUGUCCUCCUUGACCGAUCUGGGCACAUAGUUCUUGCAGACUUUGGUUCCUGUUUAAGACUCAUGAAUGAUGGCACUGUACAGUCUAAUGUAGCUGUUGGCACUCCAGAUUAUAUAUCACCAGAAAUUCUUAGGGCAAUGGAAGAUGGUCACGGUCGCUAUGGUGCAGAGUGUGACUGGUGGUCUCUAGGGGUGUGCAUGUACGAGAUGUUGUACGGGGAGACACCAUUCUAUGCAGAAUCAUUGGUGGAAACCUAUGGCAAAAUUAUGAACCACAAGAAUCGUUUUGAAUUUCCUGCUGAUAUUAAUGAUGUGUCUGAGGAGGCCAAGGAUCUGAUGCGUAGGCUGAUCUGUAGUCAGGACCAGCGUCUGGGGCAGAAUGGGAUUGAAGACUUUAUCAACCACCCUUGGUUUGAAGGGAGGAUAGACUGGGAAAAUAUUAGACAAAGUGAACCACCAUAUAUACCUGAUGUCAGUAGUCCAACUGAUACAUCCAACUUUGAUGUGGAAGACACCGAUUUCAAACAAAGUGAAUCUGUCCCACCGACCUCCCAUUCUGUGUUCACUGGUCAUCACUUACCUUUUGUUGGCUUCACAUUCACAUCAAAUAGUCGUAUGUCAGAUCUGGAAGCUUUGGCAGACGGUUUUAGUCAAGAGACUUCUGAAGAGAAAACCAGCAGUGUCAGCACUCAGGCGUAUGAGAGAAGGAUUCAAAGAUUAGAACAGGAAAAUAAAGAAUUAGACAGAAAAUUAAAGGAUGCCACACGGGUCAUUCAGAGCCAGUUUGGGAAUGAAGCCCCUGGAUCCCCCUCUCAAAGUGCUGACCGUGAACUUCAGCACCUCCGCACAGAGGUAGUCAGGUUACAGGCCCAAGUUAAAGAGACCCAGCGUGACCUUGAUGAAACCCUGGCCAUCAAGCAAGAGUUGGAGACCAUGGAGGGGGAUAAGAACACCAAGCUGAAGGCACUGGAAAAGAGCAGCAAGAAUUUAAGUCAAGAAAAAUCAGAAUUACAACAGGAAUUGGAAAGCCUCCAAGAAAGAUAUAGAACCCAGACUAAAGAACUGAAAGAUGCCAUUGGUCAGAGGAAGCUUGCAAUUGAAGAGCUAACAAACAUCACAGAAAGACUUGAAGACACAAGAUCUGGGAAACAGAAACUACAAAGACAGUUACGCGAUAAGGAAGAAGAAUUAGAAGACUCUAGACUUAAACUAGAUAACUUAAAGCAGGACCUACGCAAGGCAGAGAAAGCUAAAAGAGACUUGCAAACUCAGCUGGAUGAGUCCACUGCUGAGGCUAGUAAACAGAGUAAAUUGAGGGAAAGAUCAGAAAGUUAUGCUAAGGAACUAGAGCAGGAAAUAGAGACUAUGAAACAGAAGAGCUUAGGCAGGACACCUAGCACCAGUAACCUAGAAACCACCCAAGAAAUUAAUAGGCUCAAAGCAGAACUGGAAAAGAAAGAAGUCCAGUAUGAAGAAAUGAUAGCUAGACUAAAACAGAAACACAGCACAGCCAUUCAGGACUUGCAUUAUCAAAUACAGGAUAUAGACAAUAAGAAAACAGAAAAGGAACGAGAAGUGCAGACAUUAAAAGAAAAGAUUGAUCUCACUAAGAAGGAGAAUAUCAGCAAUUAUCAAGAAAAUAUCAAUGACAUUAAGAGGAAAAAUGAAAGGGAAAAGACACUGCUGGAACAAGAAAACCUUAGGCUUACAAAAGAAGUUGAGAAGCUUUCUCGUGAUGUCCAGAAGAACCAGAAUGACAAGAGACAGAUAGAGGAAGAGUUGAGAGAUCUGAGUGAGAAGAGAGAUUCUGUUGCACACUGGGAGGCACAGAUCUCAGAAAUCAUACAGUGGGUGAGUGAUGAGAAAGAUGCCAGAGGUUAUCUCCAGGCACUGGCCAGUAAGAUGACUGAUGAACUGGAGGGACUCAAGAUGCAGGGAGUGGGCGUCACAGGGGAGCGUAGUUGGACAAAGCGUAGGUCACAAAGAGUAGACAAGAUGGAGUUGCUGAGUCUGCAGUCACAGUUACAGAGUGAGAUUCAAGCCAAGCAAUCUAUCAGUGAAGACCUUACUCAAACUAAGGCCAAAUCUGUGGAACUAGAGAAGCAAGUUCUUGAGGCUCAGGCAAUGUGUAGAGAGUGGGAAUAUGAGGUGAACCAGCUGAGAGCAGAGAACAAGGAGCUGAAGGCCAGACUGGAAGGGGAGGAACUGAAGGAGUCUUUGAAUUUCAAGGACUUUACUGUGGUUGGGGAUCAUGAUCGUCCUAGUUCCCAAGUGUCGUUUAGAACUUUCCUAGAACAGCAGACAAGGAGAUUGGGAUCUUCUACCAGCGAUGUCUCUGAAGACGAUAUAGACAACUAUAGCAUUGGCAGUCGCGGUAGCCGCGGCAGUCGCAACAGCGAUCUCUCUAGACCCGUAAAUCGGGACCGUGUAUCUUUACAGGAUUCUUCUGAUAAAGAUGAGAAACAACCAGCGACCAUUAACAAUGCACAUCCAGUGGACGAGCCCAAACGUACGCUGCCAAUACAGGUGAUCAAGCCAUCGAAUCAGCCGCGGAGCCAUCGUUUUGCUGUUCGUACAUUCAGCACUCCAGUGAAAUGUAAUCAUUGCACUUCCCUCAUGGUGGGCCUGCAGAGACAGGGAACAGUGUGUGAAGUUUGUCACUAUGCGUGUCACGUCCUCUGCACGGAGAGAGCGCCACAAGUGUGUCCCGUUCCUCCGGAUCAAACUAAAAGGCCUUUAGGAAUAGAUCCAGCCAAGGGAAUAGGAACUGCUUAUGAAGGUUAUGUUAGGAUACCCAAGCCAGGGGGUAUAAAGAAAGGAUGGAUGAGGCAGUUUGUUGUAGUCUGUGAUUUUAAGCUGUUUUUAUAUGACAUCAAUCCUGAGAAAACCUCACAAGCAAGUGUGCAAGUUAAUCAAGUACUGGACAUGAGGGAUGAAGAGUUCUCUGUUAGUUCAGUUCUACAAUCAGAUGUGAUCCAUGCCAAUAGGAGGGACAUCACAUGUAUAUUUAGGGUGACAACCUCUCAGCUACAUCCACCAGGAUCAAAACAUGCAGUGCUCAUGUUGGCUGAAAAUGAAAGUGACAAGCAACGUUGGGUCGGGGCACUGAAUGAGCUGCACAAGAUUUUACGCAAAAAUAAGAUACCAGACAAAUCAGUAUUCCAGGCAAAAGAAGUGUAUGACAGUUCCUUAUCACUGCUAAGAAAUACAUUAUCAGGGGCAAUAUUAGAUCAUGAUACACUGUUGCUAGGCACAGAGGAAGGGCUGCAUUGCAUAGACCUGACUAGAGAUGAAAUCUCCAGAAUAGGUGACAAGAAGAGCGUCUUUCAGAUAGAAGUAGUACAAAGAGAUCAACUAGUUAUUGUCAUAUCAGGCAAGCAGAGGCACAUUCGUCUUAUCCCCAUGGCCGCAGUGGAGUCUGCGGAGUCGGUGGAGUCUGUGAAAAUCAACGAAACCCGGGGCUGCACCACCAUAUGCACUGGUCUGAUCAGCCAGGGCUCAGUCAAUUGUCUCUGUGUCGCUAUCAAAAGAACUGUAGUCAUAUAUGAACUGACCAGGACCAAGCAGAGACAUAAGAGGGUCCGGGAGAUCCUAGUCCCAGGCAAUGUGCAGUACAUUGAGAUGAUGAAUGAGCGGUUAUGUGUGGGCUACCCAUCCAGUUUUGCCAUCUACACAAUACAGGGAGAGGGUGCUCCUGUGUGCCUUGUGAAUUCUGAAGACACUACCUUGCAGUUUCUACUAAGCAGUCCUGUUGAUGCCUAUCUAGCUGUGGAAUUAUCACACAAAGAGUACCUACUUGUGUUUGCAACUCUAGCAAUCUAUGUAGACAAUACAGGGAAGAGGUCAAGAUUGCAAGAAAUUAUGAUUCCGGCACAACCUCAUUCAUUUAGUUACAAUGCACCAUACUUAACCUGUUAUGCAGAGGAGGCUGCUUUUGUAUUUGAUACAAGAUCAGAGGAGUGGAUUCAAACCAUCUGUUUGAAAAAGCUUCGACCUCUGUGUCGUGAUGGAGCCAUCGGACUGCCCCUUGUCUCUGAUACACCACGCUUGGUCUAUAUACACCAGAAAUCAGAAGAGGAGGAUCGAAUUGCUAUCCCAGACAUGCUUAAUGGCAAAGGACGUAGCUUAAAUCGAUCCAAGCGAAGAUUCUCCUUCAAAGAAGAGAAACUCACUAAGCAAGUUCCUGACAGGCGCUCCAGAAUGAUCUCUGCUCCCAUCAAUUUUGCCCAUGUGGCACAUGUCGGGAAAGAGGAAACUGUGACAAUGAUUCAUAGGUCUGCUUCAGAUCGACGUUCCAAACUGAUAUCUGCCCCCACCAACUUCAGCCAUAUAGCUCACAUGGGUCCUGAUCAAGGAAUGAAGAUGCUCAUUGACUUGCCCACAAGCUCUGGUCAAGGUCUAGAUGAUGCUCAAGUGCAGCGGGUGAAGAGCAUGUUCCAGCCCAACUUUGGUGCAAAUGUCCUUGCAAUGCAGGAGGCAGCCCAUGUGCGUGGCAGCGGUGGCAGUGGAAGUAGUGGCAGUGGCAGUGGGAGUAGACCAAACAGCAUGCAGCCACAGUACAAUGGCUCUGCAGUGCGCCAUGAAUCCCCCAGCGGUAGUAGUCAGGGCAGUCCCUAUCUUGCCUCUUCCUCCGUGGCUUCUGCCUCCCCAGAUAGCUCAUCCCUCUCCUCACAAGAACAGUUUGGAGGCAACUCAGCCAAUCAAAUGCCUUCUCCCAUACAAGAGGGUCAUCAGGAGAUGGAACAGAAUAAACGCGAUUCUGUGAUCUCCAACACAAGCAGCACUGUCAGUGGGUCCACAGAGCCCGGCUCCAACCGUCACAGUUACAUCGAGGACUAACAACUAAGUAGAAAAGAAAAAACAGUGCAUUCUGUGUCCUUUCUUCUUUGAGAAGGCUGUCAUAAAGACUUUGUGUAGUUGUGUAGAGAGUGCACGGCCACCCACUGCAUGUGACUUGCUGUUAUUUGGAAGGGCCACUACAUGGACUGCACAGUGCAGAGAAUAUGAUGCUCCUUGUUGAGAUGCUAACAGAAACAAACUGCACUUUGGUAUAUAUGAAGCAUCCUUAUGGUAAAAGCUAACACAGUGAGACAGAUAAAUGCAGUAUAUUUACUCUCUAAUUGAAGGAGGGCAUCAAAAUGAAGUUGUGAACUGCAAUAUGUUCAAUGUCCAGAUGGAACAGGGGUAUGGCAGAGGGACUGCAAGCCACUGAGAAUGCAGAGACAAGUUAAAUGCCAAUAACAAUGGGAUGAUCCUACAAACUGUAAAACUAAGAAUUAGAAAUGGUUGCUCAUAGAAUCUGUUUUCAGUAUGUGGUUUUCUUGUAGUGGGAUUGUCACCAUGGUCAAGACAUGGUUAAAAUUCCAUUGUGCUGUUCUUUUGUAACAUUGACAGCAUGCUUAGGAGAAAUUACAUAUUUUCAUAUGUGCAUUUGGCUUUCUUGGCUGCUGUUGUAGUUACAGUAAACAUUGGUCACAGCACAGGGAAUAUUAUGUGAGAGUAAGGUGCUCUUCAUAUUUGAGGACUAGCAAUGACUAGAGGGGAUGUACCUGGAAACUCUGAUAUAAUGUGAGAUAAAGAUACCAAGACCAAAUCUGACUUUUCUUGUGUUUGUCUAUGAAACUUGUCACUCCUGCUUUGUGAUAUGGGAAGUCGAGUAGAGCAAAACAUUUAGUCAGAGAAUGAACACAGCUGACUUACAUUUUAUAACAAGCUAAGCAUUUAUCCUUUCAGACUAACGGCAUAAUUAAGCAGUUUCUUUUUCUCUUGGAAAAAAAUUACUGUUGUAUAUGUAUGUAUAUAUACCAACAAAUUUAUGUAUGAAUAUAUACAUGUUACAAAUGCAUUAUGCAUUGUAUAACAGAGGCAUGUUUAAAAUUAUUAAGUCACAUUUCAGAAAAAGUGGGAGGGGGUGGGUUAAUAACAUAAAUAUUUGAAUUAUAUCUUGGGGGGAGGGGGGUUACUGUAUGUAAACCAGUUAUAAUAUGUUAUGAGUUGCCAUGUUAUGACAGAUAUUUGAUGUUGUAAUGUGUUAAAAAGGGAAUGGAAUCUGUAAAAAGUGUACAUUUGUGUAGCAUAUAUUUAUACCAAUUAACAACCCACCUCUAUGGGAGGGAGCAUAUUUAUUACUGAGGGUAGGUUUAUUGUAUGUAGCUAACACUUAGUACACACAUCUAUCUGUAUUGGACUGAGAUUUUAGCUAAUAAGAAGGUGAAAUUGUGUUUGAAUUGAAAAUGUAGGUGAUUGCAUAAUUGCUAUUAUUAAAUAAUGUUAACAUUUGUGAAAAGAAGUCAGACAGGUGUUUGUAAAACAAUGCAUCAUCUGUCACAGUUGUAUUGAAUGAUUUCACAAAAUGUAACCUUAGGUGUGUGUUUUUCUUCAUAUCUGAUCAUACUUAAAAUUUUGAUAUUGAUCACUUGUAUCUCACAGGCUUGUUGCUGCUAGACCCCGGAUAGCAUACAGUGUAAGAUAGAUGGCAGUUUUUGAUUUAAGAUGAUAGUUUAAUGUAUAGAAGGAUUUUUUACUCUUAUGAAUUAACACAAAAAUUAAAACAUAGGAGCCUUUUCCAUAGCAUAUGAACAGAAGGGAUAAGAUGGUUAACAGGAACUGGAGUUCAGCAGAUUGUUAUAUGGAUAAUCAACGGAGUCUUCCAUGUUGUUUUUAUCACUGGCUCACUUGUUGACUUAUUAAUAAGGUUAUUGAUGGUUUCAUUGCAUGUAAAAUAUACAAAUAUUGUUUCUCAACAGCGAACACAUGAAAUUGAACAGUGUUGUUAUUAUUAUUAUUAUCAUGAUGGUGUUAAGUGAUACACACCAUGAAGUUAAAUGUAUGCUUAGCUUAAGUUUGUCCUUUCCCACAAGUCACUGUUGAACAUUUGAGGUAUAAGAAAAGUUGUAAACAUUGAGGUAAAGGAGGAUAAAGAUCCAAGCCAAAAAAGGAUGUGGGACAUGUGGAGAUUGAACAUCCUGUAGAAGAAAAAGUAGUGUAAGUUCAAGCUUCUUCAAAUUCCACCUUCAUUGCAGUCUUAAUAACAAAAGUUGUUCUUAUUUGGAAAAAUAUGAUAUACUAAAUAGGUUUUCUGGGAGGAUACACUCCAUGAAGGAUACAUGUAUAUGUAACAUUUUGAACUUCAGGGAACAUUUAAGUGCAAUUGAAUCCCAGCACAAUACUACUGCUUGCAUAAACUCCUACUUGGCAAAUGCCACUGCACAUCAGUAAACAAAUUACUACAAACCUGUGCUUGCAUCUAAUACGUGUGGUGUAAAGCUGAUGUACUAGAAUGCUACUGAGUCUUCAAAAGACCAUUUAUAUAACUAUAAUCAUGUUAUUAGGGUAUUAAUCCUUGCUAAACUUCUUUUAAUCUGGAUACGCUUGAAUCAUGUUGAUAUUGAAAGUCUAGGCUUACUUGUGUUCAAGCUAUGCAUAUCAUUGUGCAGAUAUUGCAAAAUGUUGCUGUCUGUGAAUGGAGACAAGCUGUUUUGUUAUAAUGGAAAUCAUUUUAAUAAAUCAUAAU